AUGUUGAUUCCUCAAUCUUCUCAAUCGAUGCUGGUCGCUUCGACCAUAAUUUCAACGUUUGCGUUCUUGGCAACCAUCACUAUCCUCCCAAUUUUCUUCAUGAAAGUUCAGAGAAUCAACUCUCAAAUGCUUACGGAUUUGAGAAAUUGUCAUCAAGACAGUUCGGACAUUUGGAAGCAACUUUCUCACAAAAGUGUGAGAGAAAAGAGAUCCUACGGAGGACAAAAUUCGAUUCCAAGUGGAAAAUGCUGCAGUUGCCAACAAGGAAAACCGGGAGCCAUGGGUCCAAAAGGAUCUGAUGGUGCUCCAGGAUCCCCAGGAAUCAUUGGACUAAACGGGCGAAACGGUCGAAACGGAAAAUAUGUGGCAUCCGAAGCCCACAACGAGCCAGCAUGCCAAAAAUGUCCAGUGGCACCACCAGGUCCGCCAGGACAUCCAGGAAGAAAAGGACUACGCGGACAGUCUGGAAAUGCUGGAACUGCUGGAAAGAAUGGAAUUCCGGGACGAAUGGGACCACCAGGACCACCAGGAGUAAGAGGGCCACCAGGAGAAUUGGGAAUGCAGGGACCACAGGGAGAUCCUGGAAAGGUUUUGAAUGGAGCACCACAAGGACAACCGGGACGUCCAGGAAAGGUUGGGCCAAGAGGAAAAGGAGGACAUACUGGAAGUCCAUUUACUUCUCAAGCUAAUCCAGUCUCUUCUUUCAGAGACGGUCGCCCGGGUCUCGAAGGAAUCGCUGGUGCUCGAGGAGUUCAAGGAGAACGUGGCUCUCGUGGAGCUCGUGGACCGCCAGGACCACCAGGACCAUCCGGAACCGACGGUCGUAAAGGAUCGUGUUCUCAUUGUCAAUCGGACGAUAAGCCACAUCGGGGUGCACCACAGGAGGAGCCGAAUCCAGAAGGAGAGUAUUCUGAGCAACAACCAGUGGAAAGUAUUGAGCCAGUCCCACAAAGAAGACCAGCUCCAGUACCAACUACUACUACAACCGAAGCAGCCCCAGUUUAUACGGAUCCAGUGACUCAGGAACCAGUUAGACAUAGAGCUUACCCAGCAGCUGCACCACCUUCUUCUUAUAAUACUGGAAACUCUGAAGUGGUUCCCAAGACAAUAAACUACCCGGACACAAUCAAUCAGCCCAACUAUAAACACGAUGGUGAUGUGAGUGGCGCCGCCGGAACUUCAGAUGAUAGUGAAGACGUUAACGUCAUCCCAGCUGGACAGUAUUCUAGCAGACAGUACGCUUCGAAAACGAACAAAAUUGGAAAGGCCAUUCAUUUCGGUUAUUCCAAUGAUCAACUAUCCGCAUUCAAACCAAUGGGAGGAGGAGCCGAUGAAGAGGAGGAGAUUGAGGGAUAUGGACAGCCAAGAGCAUUCCAGACUAAUAAGGGCUACAACGUGCAAAUCAUGGGAUCUUCUCCCACCAACAACAACCCGACCUACCAAGCCGCCCCAGUCGGCACCGCCUGGAAGCAGCCAGAAAAUCACAAAAACCGUCACUACACCCCACAAUAUCUCCCGCCACCCGCCUACAUCCUCUAA